AUGUUUGGCGGAAAUGUAUGGGGUGCCAUUGCACCAGCAAGUGAGGCUCUUCUUGACAAAGAGCGUUCUCCGCCGCCAAAACCCACUCCCCUCGAGUUCCCGGGUUACGUACCUCCUCGCUCCGACAAUCCUCUGGAUAGAAGCCACCUCCGGUCUUUAUGCAAGGACCUUGCAUCUGUGCGUAGACCAUGGGAUGUCAAGGACAGCCAACUAGCGCAGUUCAACAUCCAGCUAGACCAAAAUGUGUCUUUGUCCGACAUGGUACCUGAUGGGAAAUUCAAAUCUCGUCCAUUUUUAUAUGAUUCUGAAUUGGAGUCUAUGCUCAAGGAGUUGGAGGUCGAGAACGAGGAUGCUUAUCGAGAGAUCAUACGAUUACCGCCACUUUCAGGUAGACAGAAGCCGCGACUAGCCUAUUCACGCGGGUUUUUCACAAGCUUGGAAGAUAUGUGUCGCUAUUGGGACGAUAGCAAAGAUGAAUACUACGAAGUCGAAGCAGCGGACCAGGAGUCUCCCAACGCAGAAACAUUUAAAACGCCGUUAGCAGCCAAAGAAACGGACACCCCCAACGCCGAAAAACCGAAGACGAAAGCUCCAUCCGAAGGGAAUAAAGCAGCUACCGCUGGAACAAGCUCGGAAACGGCAUUGGCUGAAAGCAACACGUUGCCAAAUAUCGAUGUGGUUGGAAUUCCUCAUCGGCCCAAAAUGAAGCAGGUAUACAGAGGCCUUCGAAUCGGCAAUGGCCAGCAGAUGAGCCCUGGCACAAGGGUGGCGGCAGUAAGAAACCUCCUAAAGAUGGCCAUCCACAAGUUUCAGUGCAGGGAUUACGAUAUCAACCCCCGAGAGAAGUUCCGCAUUCGAAACAUCAAUCUUCCUUCUACGUUCUUGCACUUUUGCGUGGCCAAAAUGCCGUCCGAUCCGAAAUUAGCAAGAGCUAGAAUAGUAGAAGGCCCGCUGAUGGGAGUGCAUAGUCGCAUUGAAGUGAGGUUCAGGCCCAGAGACGGAUCCACUGAUCCAGCCAACGAUUCCGUUGGUGAAAAAUACGACUUGUUCAGAGAAGUCAGCGGUCUGUUGAUGCUCGCGAAGCAGCGAGCACGGGAAGGUCAAACGCAAUCCAAAGAACCCAAUCAAGAUCACUGGUGGGCCACCAGGCACCGAUGGGGCGGGGGCCCGACUAGAUGGGGACAGUUAGCCUGCGAGGUCUUUGAAGACGAUGACCCUAGUUGGAGUCCGGAAGAGAGACUGCUGCAGCUGGACAAGCGGACUAAAGUAGAAGAAGAGCGGAAGCGAACCGAUGUACUUGCCACGGCUACUGAUCUGAACAACCUUAAACCUGAAGACCUGAUUUCAGCAAACGCCUCUUCCGAAAACGAGCGGCCCAAGAAGAAAAAGAAAGGAGACGACGAUAGCAAGGACAAAGCAGAGUACAAGGACGGAAGGAGGCUGAUGUUUACGGCGCCCAUCCGUCGUAAAUGGUACCAAGAAUGGACUAGAGUGAGGCCAAAUUCGCCAACAUGGGAUGAGAAAUUCAUCUACAGAAGAAUCGGAAUGGCUGACCCCGAGCAAGGCUGGGAUGAUGUGUAUAUGCUUUCAGCCGCAAACCAUCAUGUAUGCAUGGUGAAGUUGAGUGUUCACGAGAAUUAUCUCCAGUGGCUGGAGACAGGGGAGACGAAGCGCCAGGCUUCGAAGUCAGAGAGACAAGACCAAGUUUUGUACAUGACUCGAAGUCGCUGGUUUGACCUGCUUGAUAUCGAACAGCGAAAGGAGCUCUUAACGGGCAUAUGGCGCGUGUUGAGCUGGCUCAACCGUGAUGAGGUGCCAGAAGCCGAGCUUGAGAAGAUGAUCGCUUUGAGAAGACAACAACAACACCACCAACAACGAGAAGAAGAAGAGCCACAGGCGUUUGGCAACGACGGAGACCAUCCAAUGGAAGCAUGA